CUAUGUAAAAAACUCAGUCUGGACCGAGACCCCGGAUCGCCACGCUCCUUACGCCGCCGCCGUUGCCCACGAGCCGGGAUGCUCCGCGGCGCCAUCUCCCGCCUCGGUGCUCGCCUCCGCCUCCACGCCGACCCCUCUCCGGCCUCUCCUCGCCUCCGCGUCCUCUCCACCCGCCGCGGUAAACGCUCCUCCCCCACCCUGUCGCCCGCGGACUGCGAUGACGAGGGACCCCUGCGCGGCCUCUUCGUGCUAUCCCGCGACCCCGAGUGCCCACCGCGGCUGCUGGUGGUGCAGCCGCGCCUCCGCCCCGGAAGCCUCCUCGAGUCCAAGCUCGCCGAGGCACUCAACCUCGCCAACUCCCUCGAGGAGCGCCGCGACGGCUUCUACCACAGCGAGUUCGGCGCCAAGGGCGCGCCGCCGCACCUCGUCGUCCAGAACCCCGCCUCCCGCGGUCGCUCACACGCUGUUGAUCAUGCCAGAUACAUAUUUUGGGCCUGGAACUGUGGAUAAUGUCAAGUGCUACCUGAGUGCAACGGAAUCAGAGGAAGAUGUGGAUGCAGUUUUUGUCAAUGCGAUUCUCUCUGGAAUCCAACAGAGAAACUUGGAGGUUGCCUGGGGAAAGUCGGUUUUGGAUCGUGUUGGGCUUAUAAUUGAAAUAUUCAAUGCUCAUGCUGAAACAAAAGAAGCGAAGUUACAGUCAGAGUUGGCAGCUCUCAUGUACAUGAAGACUAGGCUUGUCCGUGUACGUGGCCCAGGUGGACGACUAACUUUUGGUCCAAGUGGGGAGGCUGAGGUUGUCAGUGCAAGAGGGAGAGGUAGUGGGGGGAGGGGAUUCAUGAGUGGUGCUGGUGAAACAGAGCUUCAACUACAACGGAGGAGAAUCCAAGAACGCCGUGUGAGCUUGUUAGCUCAAAUUGAAGAUGUACGCCGCACUAGAGCGAUACAACGUUCAAGUCGGAAAAGACAUGGUGGCUCGUUUGGUCAAGAGCUUGUAACUGUUGCAGUCGUCGGAUAUACAAAUGCUGGGAAAUCUACGCUUGUGAGUGCACUUUCUGAAGCUGAUUUAUACAGUGAUGACAGGCUGUUUGCAACAGUAGAUCCCCGGUUACGAAGUGUGAUUCUUCCAUCAGGGAGAAAAGCACUUCUUAGUGAUACCGUUGGCUUCAUCUCAGAUUUACCAGUACAGCUUGUGGAAGCAUUUCAUGCGACCCUAGAAGAAGUUGUUGAAGCAGACAUGUUAGUGCAUGUGUUGGAUUCAAGUGCAUCUAAUCUUGAAGAGCAUCGAUCUACUGUAUUGCAAGUACUGCAGCAGAUAGGGGUUUCUCAGGAGAAGAUCAACAAUAUGAUUGAAGUUUGGAACAAGAUUGAUCUUGUGGACGAGAAUGUUAAAUCUGAUGGGAUUGACGAUGAAGUCUUCCUGACCGAAGGUGAACAGGAGGAUGACAUAUUCUCUGAAGAUGAUGCUCCAUCAGAACAAACAUCUUUUGAUUCUGUAGAUGUAGAUGACGGAGCAGAUUCAGAAUAUUUAUCAGAAGAAAAUUCUGAAGAUAGCAAUGAACUGCCAUCUAAAAAGUCAUUUGCUGAGCCAACUGAGAUGGGAGCAAUGAAAGAGUUGUCAUCAAAAGAAUGUUUUGGAGAACUUCGUGUCCUAGAUACAAAUGGACACACUUUCCCACAACCAGCUUCCACUUGUCAUGUAAAAACUUCUGCUGUGACGGGGACAGGAUUGCAAGAGUUGUUAGCAUUGAUAGAGAGGAAACUGACUGAACAACAAACUGUCGUGCAAAGAAGCUAUGGACCUUUCGACAGAAAAUGGAGACCUACCUCUAUGGAUUGUGAAAAGGCUGCAGAGCCGUAGGUAUGGGAUUCCUCCUUCCCCUCUUCUAUAUGGGAUUCAUCCUUCCCCUCUUCUAUAUGCUGCUGAGAUCAGUAGCAGUAACCAGUUUCUGAGUUUGCAUCCCUAGAGAUGGAAACCACACAAUGUGUUUGAAUAUGCGCUUGUGCAUGAUGUAUGAUGUAUCAUUCAAAGAGUAUCUUGAUAUUCUUUCUGCAGAACAUGAAGAAACUGUAGGAAGGGACCGUAUGAGUUUUGAUCAAUGUCAGUCACUUUAACAGACAUUUUGUACUCAUGCUUCAUGUUGCUAGAUAGCAUCUUAUCUUUAUCUUAUAUUCUGAUGAGUAUGUUGGUUGCUGUAGAUGUAUUUAUGUUGCUCCUUUUGUAUGGCCUUAUUU